UGCCGUCGGGUGUCCCGUCCGGCGGCGUCGGGUGGGCUGCGCUGCUUCCCGGUAUCCCGGCAUCCCGGCAUCCCGGCAUCCCGGUAUCCCGGCCCGACCAUGUCGUACGAUUCCUUGGACCUGUACCGGACCCCCGGGCCUCCGACCCCCUCGGCCCCUCCGCUCCGGGACUUUAACAGCAGCAUCCAGAUCUGCAGCGCCAACGUCCAGCGGAUCAGCCAUGCCACUGCGCAGAUAAAGAACCUGAUGAGCCAAUUAGGAACCAAGCAGGACUCGAGCAAACUGCAAGAGAAUUUGCAGCAGCUUCAGCAUUCCGCGAACCAGUUGGCCAAGGAAACCAAUGAGUAUCUGAAGGAACUGGGAUCACUGCCGCUCCCGCUGUCCACUUCGGAACAGCGCCAGCAGAAGCUGCAGAAGGAGCGUUUGAUGAACGACUUCUCGGCCGCCCUGAACAACUUCCAGGCUCUUCAGAGGAAGGUGUCGGACAAGGAGAAGGAGACUGUGGCCCGAGCCAGGGCUGGCUCCCGCCUCUCGGCGGAGGAGAGGCACAGAGAGGAGCAACUGGUCUCAUUCGACAGCAAUGAGGACUGGAAUCAGAUGCAGUCCCAGGGCGAGGACUUGGCCAUCACGGAACAGGACCUGGAGCUGAUUAAAGAGAGGGAAACGGCCAUCAAGCAGCUGGAGGCGGACAUCUUGGAUGUCAAUCAGAUCUUUAAAGACUUGGCCAUGAUGAUUCACGACCAGGGAGACGUGAUCGAUAGCAUAGAAGCGAGUGUGGAGAGCUCCGAGGUGCACGUGGAAAGAGCCAGCGACCAGCUUCAGCGGGCUGCCCACUACCAGAAAAAGUCCCGUAAGAAGAUCUGUAUCCUGGUGUUCAUCCUGGUGGUGGCCUCAGUCAUCCUGGGACUGAUUAUCUGGCUGUCGUCCAAUUGAAACUGUUCCUCGAGGGUCAGCGGUUUUCCCCAGCUGCGGAGCAGUCUUCCCUGGGUCCCGGCCCGGGGAGGCUCCGGGCAGGUCAGACCCAACGAGGGCAGCGCCCGGGACCCGCCGUCGCCAUUGAGUUAGUAACCAGCCUGCCGGCCACUGGCCCUCGCCACGUGUGAACCACAAGGACCGUAGCCGCCUGUCUCUGUACCAGUUUUAUUGGUUUCCUGAAUUAAGAAUGAACUUCCUUGGGUUUUGCUUCCCCUUGUAUUCUGAUUACUCCCUGUCCCCCCGGCCUGUGGGCGGAAGGGUGAGUCCACUUGAACUCCUCUCCUGCCAUUCGUGUUUUGACCAGUGACACACUCCCCUCUUGUACUACUGUUGUUUUACGGGUAUCCCAGAUCCUUCCCUUUGCCCAGAGAUUGGGAGAGAACUUAUUUCCAGGGUCUAGCGGAGCCUGUGAAGCCGGCCAUCUCUGCCCCCAUCAUUUUGGGUGGGGUCUCUCCCGCGGUCCCAUAAGGUCUUGGAUGGGAAGCUUUAGCCCGGAGAGCGCCACGAUGCCUGAGGGCUGGAGCGGGCUUGGGGCCGGGAUGUUGGAAUUUGGCUCUCUGAUGGGCACGCGGUUACAAGAUCGAGGUCAUAGCCUGUCUCCACCUCUCCCUCGACUGGUCGACCCCUAACAUCCCUUAACCCAUCCACCUCCCCGCCCCGAGGAUUUAAUUCAGACAACAGCACCCUCGGUUUUCCCACAAGGAUAAAGUGACUGGCAGAACGGGGAUGGAGCCCGCUGCUCCUCUCCCCAGCCCAUGGAAAUAGGGAAGAUGAUGAAUCCCAUUGGCGCCAGGUUGAGCGGCAGCGCUGUGGCCGAAGCCCGGAGUCGCCUUGAGGCUUUCCUGGAGAGAGGUGGGUUUGCUGGCAAACUCUCUGGAAGUGUGCGCUGGGAAGCUGGAGGCAGAACGGAGAGCAAAUCCAGCCUGUACAUAGUGCUGGGCUGAGCAGCCACUCAUACUAGCACUUAGCCUGAUUUCUGAGCAGGAGGGCAGAGGAGUCCGGGUACACUGGGGGGAAAUGUUGGGUGUGGGCGAGGGGAAGGGGUGUCCUUGUGUAAUGUAACUACCGACGUCUGUGCCGUGUCUCCGGCCAGGGGCGGCUGGAGAGAACAAACCCCUUCACCGCCUCUGGUCACCUGAGCUGAGGCGACAAAGUCCCAUCCGCCCGCUGAUGAGCUACGGGGAUGUGGUUCACCCCAACUUAUUUAUAUUUUCCCUCACUAAUAGUAACUGCUUCCAGAACUAACUGUGAAUAUUAGGAAAACCCGUUUCCAGAACCGCCCAGAUUUCUUUGCACUAUGGCCCCCAUCAUUCCAUCCGGUGAAUAUCAAUAAACAUUUUUAAAAGCUUU